ACCGCAGCUCCUUGGAGGAGGAGAUAGCCAGAGCAUCCAUUUAAUAUAUCAGUGUUAUAGAGCUCCCAUCCACAGUCACACCGACGAUGGAGUCCAAUAUACAGGCCUUUAUAAUCCUAUGAAGAUCGGGUCCGCGGGAUGCGAUCUAACGGGUUUAUCUUCUGACGUCAGAGAGAAGAAAAACAUCAUGAUGGAUGAAGAGAAUUAAAAUGAUAGAUAAUCACUGGGAUUCCGUAGCUAGGCUAACUAGCUAACUGGGUUUUCCUUGGAUCGCCCGUCGAUGUUUUUUUUUUCCAAGGAUUUAAUCUGAAGAGCAUUUCUAUGUAUUUCGAGAUGUUGGACAUUUAGAGAAUUGGUUCGUGCUCUCAUCUCCUGCUGUGGAUCAGUGAUCUGAACUUGUGUUGACAGCGACUCCAUGAAGGUGACGAUUGGAUGAUGAGGGAGAGAGUAUGAUCAUGUUGGAGAAACAGAGCUCCACCCAGGAGAUAGGAGAGGAGGAAGAGGAUGGGGCGGUCUUCACCAUCACCCUGAGGAAGUUGCAGCUGCACCAGUCGGCCAGUAAGGGGCAGCGAUGGCUGGGCGUGGACACAGACUCCGCCCUCAGCCUCUACGAGACCUGCAAGGUGCGCACCAUCAAGGCGGGGACGCUGGAGAGGCUGGUGGAGUACAUGUUGAAGGCGUUCCGCGGGAAGGACUCCAGCUACGUCACCAUCUUUCUGUGCACCUACCGCUCCUUCGCAAGCACGCGGCAGGUCCUCGACCUGCUGCUCAACAGGUAUGCUAAACUCCAGAACGUUCCAGCCAUGGCGGCCCACAGAGUGUGUGAGGACGACCGCAUCGAACUGAGGAACACGGUGUCGUCUAUCCUGGGCGCGUGGUUGGACCAGUACUCUGAGGACUUCUGGUCGCCCCCGGACUACGGCUGUCUGCACCAGCUGCUGUCCUACCUCCAUAAACACUUCCCAGGCUCGGACCUGGAGCGCCGCGCCCACAACCUACUGGCCCACUUCCACCGCCGGCAGGUCACCGAGCCAGACCCCGACGCGGAGCAUAUCGGCUGUCCCUUCGCCACACAGGAAGAGAGCGGCUUCGAGGAUGAACUCCCAAUGCUCAGCUUCCUGUCCUUUGACCCCAUCAUGGUGGCGGAGCAGUUCACCCUCAUGGACGCUGACCUGUUUAAGAGAGUGGUUCCCUACCACUGUCUAGGGGGGAUCUGGUCCCAGAGGGAUAAGAAGGGGAAGGAGCAUGUGGCCCCCACCAUCCGGGCUACUGUCGCCCAGUUCAACUCCGUCACCAACUGCGUCAUCACCACCCUGCUUAGCACGCCGCUGCUGAAGGCCAGCCAGCGGGCGCGCCUGCUGGAGCGCUGGGUGGAGGUGGCCCGGGAGUGUCGUAUACUUAAGAACUUCUCCUCUUUGAGAGCGAUCCUCUCAGCACUGCAGUGUAACGCCAUCCACCGCCUGAAGCGCACCUGGGAGGAAGUUUCCAGGGAAAACUUUCGUACCUUCCGGGAGCUGUCAGAGAUCUUCUCAGACGACAACAACUACUCCCUGAGCAGAGAACUUCUGGUCAAGGAGGGAACGUCCAAGUUUGCAACGCUGGAGCUCAAUCCCAAACGCACCCAGAGGAGACACCAGCAGCAGAGAGAGCUGGGAGUCAUGCAGGGUACUAUCCCCUAUCUUGGAACCUUCCUGACAGACCUGGUGAUGAUGGACACAGCCAUGAAGGACUACACAGAGGGAGGGCUGAUCAACUUUGAGAAAAGGAGAAAGGAGUUCGAGGUUAUAGCUCAGAUCAAACUGCUCCAGCUAGCCUCUAACAACUACAGCUUCACGCCCGACGGCCACUUCAGAGACUGGUUCUCCAGCGUGGAGAGACUCAGCGAGGCCGAGAGCUACCACCUGUCCUGUGAGAUUGAGCCUCUGUCUGAGUCGGCCAGCAACACGCUGAGGGCCAAGAAGAACGGAGGCAUCAUCAAACGCUGGAGCGAUCGUCAGCUGGAGGCGGGGGCCAGUGGGGCUCCGGGCUCCCACCAUUCCAAGUCUUUUGACCACGCCCCCAGCAGGCCGUACCAAAGCAGUGGAGGCGGAGGGGGGGGGGACAGCGGGGACGCUUUGAGCGUGACGUCAGUCAGCUCCAGUGGUUCCGACCUGGAGGACGUCAAUGCCAGCUUCCUGUCCGACUCACCGGAGGUCCACGAGAGGAAGACAUCGACUCCUUCGGUCAAACAUUCAAUUUCUGUUCUGGGAAGAGAGACGCAUGUUACUGAGACUGCCUCUACGUUCUGGGAGUGCACAUCGCUGUCGUCCCUCGACACAUCUGGCUCCGCCUCCGGCUCCAGCAGCACCUCCUCCUCCUCUGCCUCCUGCUCCACCCCUUUGGCCGCCUCCCGCUCCCACAAGCGCUCUGCCUCGGCCGUCUCAAACUACUCCACCCUGUCACUGCCGCUCUACAACCAGCAGGUGGACGACUGCUGCAUCAUCAGGGUCAGCCUGGACGUGGAGAACGGAAACAUGUACAAGAGCAUACUGGUCACCAGCCAGGACAAGACCCCGGCGGUGAUCCGUAAGGCGAUGAUCAAACACAACCUGGAGAGGGAGAAGGCCGAGGACUACGAGCUCAUGCAGAAGAUAUCUGAGGAGAAAGAACUGCGUAUCCCUGACAACGCCAACGUCUUCUAUGCCAUGAACUCCACUGCCAACUACGACUUUGUGCUGAAGAAGCGCGGCCCCACACGCCCACUGCGCGCCAAGAGCGUCACCAGCUCCACACUACCACGCAUGAAGCAGAAAGGCCUGAAGAUCGCCAAGGGCAUCUUCUGAUCUCCUCUCCAUCCUCCUCCUCCUCUCCUCCUCCUCUCCUCCUCUCCUCCUCAACCUCCUCCUCAUCGUCCUAUCCUCUUCCCUAUCCUCCUCUCCUCCUCACCUUGGAGAGAUGAACAUAGCGUUGGCGUUGAAUACUGGGACACAGAGACGCUUGCUCUGAGUAACACCCCCUCACCAGGACUCUAUCAUGGCUGCCAGCUCUCCGUGCUCCGCAGGACAGGAUGUGAUGUCAUCGCUGCAGCCAUGUUGAAAGGGGGCUCUCGCGCUCUGUGGCGUUUUCAGCUGUGAACACGGUUUAACAUACCGGUAGUGCGAAAAUUACUGCUUACGUGUAUACAAACGAGAUGUCAUAACAGGUGGGAGGUGGACUUUUAACCUGCGUGGACAAACCAGGUGUUAAACCAGGGGUGAAUGAUUUUAACCUGUGUGAGGUGGCCAUGGAUCACAUGGCACUGUUUUUUUUACUGAACGAUAUCUCACUCUGCCAUGGGUUGAGGUCCUACUUGGGUGUCUGUUCUGGACCAGACCUGUGUGUACAUAGAACAUCCCUGGCGAUGUUUGAUUGGACCAUGAGCUGCACCUUAAUGGAUCAACAGCGCUUAAACAACUGAAAGAUACUCUCUCUCUCUGCUCCAGCUCUCAGUCUCUCUCUUGCUGGAAUGGCAGGGGGUGGUUUCUCUGUGGUUACUAUGGGUAACCAGUGACACACCGCCAUGUCGGAUUAGUGACCAUAUGACCUGGGAUAUAAUGCUCUUUCUGAUUGGCUGUGAUUCUUGCUGAAUGAUGAUGUCAUUAACCUGGUUUGAGUUGAUCAGUGUUUGGUGCCCCAGCAGGGAUGGGUGGGGUGGUGGGUCAGUGGGUCUUUGAUCACUGCUGGCAAUGGAGUGUUGUGAUUGGUGGUCGAGGUGAUGUGAGGGAUGGUAGAAGGGUCAGAGUUUUGGUCCAGUUUACACUACAGUACAUCUAACAAGGUUCUACCAGUCUGUCUUGGGCCAAAGACUCAGGCGGAAGUGUGAUUGAUAUUGUCCUUAAAGCUGCCAAAUUCCAGCUAAAACAUCUCGGCUUCACACAGCUCUAUGCUUAACCAUCACCUGCUCCUUCUUGUCCUGACACGCUAGCGCAACACGCUAAAACAACACACUACGCAUACGCACAACACAACACGCUACCACAACACUACGUUUACACACAACACAACAUGCUACAUCAACACAACACACUACAACAACACAGUUUGCUUACGCAAAACUCAACACGCUACAAUUACACACGUUUACACACUACCACAACACACUACGCGUACGCACUGCACAACACCCUACAACAACAUACUGCGCUUACGCACAACACAACAUGCUACCACAACACACUACUCUGACGCACAACACAACAUGCUACCACACUACACCGACGCACAACACAACAUGCUACCACAACACACUACUCUGACGCACAACACAACAUGCUACCACACUACACCGACGCACAACACAACAUGCUACCACAACACACUACUCUGACGCACAACACAACAUGCUACCACAACACACUACUCUGACGCACAACACAACAUGCUACCACAACACACUACUCUGACGCACAACACAACAUGCUACCACACUACACCGACGCACAACACAACAUGCUACCACAACACACUACUCUGACGCACAACACAACAUGAUACCCCAACAGACUACCGAAACCCACUACCACGGCACACUAACACCACACACGAGUCAACCGUGAUGCGCAUCACAACCCGGUACCACAACACUGUACCAAAAAACCCCGCUAACACAACACAGCUCAGAGCGGUGUCCUCCGAGUGUUACCUUCCAUAGUUUUAACCUGCAUGACGUUUAUUAUCAUUCAUCCUCAUGCCAUUGGACAAGUGAGCAGAGAGAGAGGAAAGACACUCCCCCAGGUGGCCACACCCCCUGGCUGCCACUAUUGGGCCUCUACAGGUCAUCACUGUGAUCUUCCAUCCAUUAGCUCCGCCCCCUCUUUCUGAUUGGCUGGUUGUGUUGUCAUGUCAUGGUCGUUUCAGAAGUGAUGUGAGUAUGUUAUUAUGUAUGUUUAUAGACCGGAGGCAGCAGACUUAACCCUUCAUGUGCCAAAAGCAGGUAGAUAGGUUGAGGCCUUUCACCAAACAUGUUUGUUAAUGGUUUUGUAUGUCUAACGUGUUGUAAUGAAGAAAGGUGAGAGGUGAAGCAUGGUGAGACCCCGUGCAGGAAUGCUACUGGAGACGUGAAGUGUUAAGUUGUAAACCCAUACUGUUGGAUUGAGAUUUAAAUCUGUUCUGUUGGGUUUAGUUCUAACCAUAUACUGUAGGAUUUGAUUCUAACCCUUUACUGUUGGGUUGAGUUCUUAACCUAUACUGUAGGAUAUUGUUCUAAUCCUAUACUGUAGGAUUUGGUCUGACCCUAUACUGUUGGGUGGAGAUCUAAACUUAUACUGUAGGAUUUUGUUCUAACCCUAUACUGUUGGGUUGAGAUCUAACCCUAUACUGUAGGAUUUUGUUCUAACCCUAUACAGUUGGGUUGAGAUCUAAACCUAUACUCUUUGGGUUUUUUAGGGCUUAACCUACACGGUUGCUUGUAGGUCUAAACCUACACUGGGAUCUGACAGCUGCAUCCCUUCAACCACUAAAUCCCCCAAGCAGCGCUCAUGUUACAUUGGGGAUGGAACUUAUGUCCUCCAGGGGGCUGUACUGUGGUGUAUCUCUCUCUCUUCAACGUGCUUCUCUUUGAUUUAGCGUGACAUUGCUGUGUGUACAUUAACCUAACCCUAACCCCAUGCAAGCUUUUCCUAUCCAACGAGACGGAGGACGGUUACCAUGGCAGCCCCUACUGACCUGUGUUGCCAUGGCGACACAGGCUGUGUUGUUAUGACGACCACCUGGACCUGGCUUGCUUGUUUUCUAAAGUGUGCUCUGGUGCCAUGAGCGUUUUUAGACACAGAUCUUACAUUUUUCUAACCCCCCCCUCAACUGUUUAGUAUAGUAGAUCCCUCCCCCCCCCCCCCCCCCACCGUCCUCCAUGUACAACUUUAUUUAUUGAUUUGUAUAUAGAGAUUCUGUUUUGCAUUGUACAUUCUCUUGUUUCUUGGUUAUAGAUUAAUAUAUUCAUGUAUAUAUGAAUAAACCUUAAGUUUAUAAAAGUUGA